CAUUUCCAGGCCACCUGUCCGAUCACCGCAGUCCGCGCCAGAUCAGUCUGUCACUCCAGCAUCUCCCAGCAGCACCAAGCCAAAACCUCUCGCUCCCAGACAUGACUCGCUUCAACAAAGCACAUCUGCGGGGAGCUCAACAGAAAAUGUACGCAGUCUUCCAAAUAAAUUGCUCAUGCCACUUAAAGUUUUAGAUGUAGAGGAAUUGUGCAGGUUAGGCAUUGGCCAAGCAUCAACAGAACAGAGCAGUGGUGGGUCACACUCAGUGGCUCCUGGCCUGCAGGUUGUUUCUCAUAGCCAGCCAUUCAACAAAUCCUAUAAUGCUGUGACUCCCGCCAUACAGUCACCAGCAGCUCAGGCAAAUGUUGAUGUUGAUUGGUCAUCUCGUG